AUGCCGCUAAAGUUAGCGGUUUUGUUCCUCUGCUUCGCCGUGGUGGCUGCAGACAAUCCGUACAGAUUCUUCCAAUGGAAUGUCACUUAUGGCACCAUCCGUCCUCUCGGUGUUCCACAGCAGGGUAUUUUGAUAAAUGGGCAAUUCCCAGGGCCCGAAAUUUACUCGGUGACCAACGAUAAUAUCAUAAUCAACGUGUUUAACAGCUUAAAUGAGCCUUUCCUCAUUCACUGGAACGGUAUCCAAAACAGAAGGAACUCAUACGAGGAUGGUGUGUGGGGGACAACUUGUCCAAUCCCUCCCGGCCGCAACUUCACUUACAUUCUUCAAAUGAAGGACCAAAUCGGUAGCUUCUUCUAUUUCCCUUCCUUGGCUUUCCACAAGGCUGCCGGUGGUUUUGGAGCCAUUAAGAUCUUAAGCAGACCCCAAAUCCCCGUCCCUUUCGACCCCCCAACCGAUGAUUUCAGUGUCUUAAUCGGAGACUGGUACAAGACUAAUCACACUGCAUUGAGGGCCAUCCUUGACCGAGGCAAGAAAUUGCCUUUACCCCACGGCAUUCUCAUCAACGGCCGUGGCCCCAACAUCACUGCUUUCACCGUUCAACCAGGCAAAACAUACCGGUUGAGGAUAUGCAACGUUGGGCUCCAAAACUCGCUCAACAUCCGAAUCCAAGGCCACAAGAUGAAGGUGGUGGAGGUCGAGGGGACCCACACCAUGCAGAUUAGCUACUCUUCCCUCGACAUUCACGUGGGCCAGUGCAUGUCGGUUCUUGUCACAGCCGACCAGACGCCUCAGGAAUAUUUCAUUGUCGUGUCCACUCGUUUCACUACUCCGAUCCUCACAACCACAGGCUACCUGCGGUAUGCGAACUCCAACCGCCGUGCCUCUGGGCCUCUACCAGGCGGGCCCACCACCCAGAUUGAUUGGUCCCUUAGCCAGGCCAGGACCAUCAGAACAAACCUGACGGCAAGUGGGCCAAGACCGAACCCACAGGGGUCGUACCACUACGGCAUGAUCAACACGUCGAGGACCAUCAGGAUAGCAAGUUCGGCAGGACAAGUCAAUGGGAAGCAGAGAUACGCGUUGAACAGCGUGUCUUUUGUCCAGGCAGACACCCCUUUGAAACUCGCCGAUUACUUCAACAUAAAUGGAGUUUUUCGGGUCGGGAGCAUUCCUUACGCACCCAACGGCCGUGGGAUAUACCUCGACACGUCCGUAAUGGGUGUCGACUAUAGAACCUUCGUAGAGGUCAUUUUCGAGAACUAUGAGAAUAUCGUGCAGAGCUAUCAUCUAAGCGGCUAUGCUUUCUGGGUCGUCGGAAUGGAUGGAGGGCAGUGGACUUCAGCUAGUCGAAACCAGUACAAUCUACGUGAUGCGGUUUCUCGUUGCACAGUUCAGGUAUACCCCAAAUCGUGGACGGCUAUUUAUAUUGCCCUGGACAAUGUGGGCAUGUGGAACUUGAGAUCCGAGUUCUGGGCUCGUCAGUAUUUGGGACAACAAUUUUAUCUCCGAGUUUACACGUCAUCAACCUCGUUAAGAGAUGAGUAUCCCAUCCCAAAGAAUGCACUUCUUUGUGGCAGGGCAAGAGGCAGGCACACUCGCCCGCUUUAA